GCGGCCCAAUAGUUCCGGAUGUGGCGCGCGGUCGGGAAGUUUAAACUGACGGACCGUGGCCGCCGAUGGGCUCGGUGUGAGUUGGGAGGCCGGGGUGCCUGGUGCCGGGGUCGUCUCUCCUUCCCCGUUGGGGCUCUUUGUGGAAAGGUUAGGGGCGGAGAACAACGCAGGGCCCGCGCCCGGCCUUCUCGCCGCCUCGGGAGCCGUCUGCGGGGCGCUGGCUGCGGGGCCCUGCGCCCGGCCUCUGCAGCUCCCCGCCGCAGCUCGCCUCGGCCCCUGCCCUGGCGCGCUCCUUCCCAGGAGAGAUUUCCAGAUCUCAAGUGCUUUUGACGGAUUUUGAAGCAUUUCUCAGCGUAUAGCUGUCUCUUUGCAUUCUGGCUGGGAGCGCUGGAGUGGUCUUCACCAUGCCGACAGUGGUGGUGAUGGACGUGUCCCUUUCCAUGACCCGCCCCGUGUCUGUCGAGGGGUCCGAGGAGUACCAGCGCAAGCACUUAGCAGCCCAUGGUCUGACAAUGCUGUUUGAGCACAUGGCCACGAAUUACAAGCUUGAAUUCACAGCCCUGGUGGUUUUUUCAUCGCUCUGGGAGUUGAUGGUUCCUUUCACAAGAGAUUAUAACACCCUGCAGGAAGCACUAAGUAAUAUGGAUGAUUACGACAAAACCUGCCUGGAGUCUGCAUUAGUUGGUGUUUGCAAUAUUGUGCAGCAAGAAUGGGGUGGUGCAAUUCCUUGCCAGGUGGUUCUGGUGACCGAUGGCUGUCUUGGCAUUGGUAGAGGGUCGCUGCGACAUUCCCUGGCUACUCACAGCCAAAGAAGUGAGAGCAACAGAUUUCCACUACCUUUCCCUUUCCCAUCUAAGUUGUACAUCAUGUGCAUGGCAAAUUUGGAGGAGCUUCAAAGCACGGAUUCCCUGGAAUGCCUUGAACGUCUCAUAGACUUAAAUAACGGUGAAGGGCAAAUUUUUACUAUUGAUGGCCCCCUGUGCUUGAAAAAUGUACAGUCUAUGUUUGGAAAGCUGAUAGACCUGGCAUACACACCUUUCCAUGCUGUUCUCAAGUGUGGCCACCUAACCGCUGACGUCCAGGUCUUCCCCCGGCCAGAGCCUUUUGUUGUGGAUGAAGAAAUUGAUCCUAUUCCUAAAGUCAUUAACACAGAUUUAGAAAUAGUGGGAUUUAUUGACAUAGCUGAUAUUUCAAGUCCCCCAGUUCUGUCCAGACACCUGGUCUUACCUAUAGCACUUAACAAAGAAGGGGACGAGGUGGGUACUGGUAUCACUGAUGACAACGAAGAUGAAAAUUCAGCCAAUCAGAUUGCAGGCAAAAUACCCAACUUCUGUGUCCUACUCCAUGGCAGUCUAAAAGUGGAAGGAAUGGUGGCGAUUGUCCAGUUAGGUUCUGAAUGGCAUGGAAUGCUCUACUCCCAAGCCGACAGCAAGAAGAAGUCCAAUCUCAUGAUGUCUCUCUUUGAGCCUGGCCCAGAACCUCUCCCCUGGCUGGGGAGAAUGGCCCAGUUGGGUCCGAUUUCAGAUGCUAAAGAAAACCCUUACGGUGAGGAUGACAAUAAGAGCCCAUUUCCCCUGCAGCCGAAAAACAAACGCAGUUAUGCCCAGAAUGUGACCGUCUGGAUCAAACCCAGUGGGCUGCAGACAGAUGUACAGAAAAUUUUGAGAAAUGCACGGAAACUACCUGAGAAAACGCAGACAUUCUAUAAGGAGCUGAACCGCCUGCGAAAGGCCGCGCUGGCCUUCGGCUUCCUGGACCUACUCAAGGGCGUGGCCGACAUGCUGGAGCGGGAGUGCACGCUGCUGCCGGACACGGCGCACCCCGAUGCCGCCUUCCAGCUCACCCACGCCGCCCAGCAGCUCAAGCUGGCCAGCACCGGCACCUCCGACUACGCCGCCUACGACCACAACAUCACCCCCUUGCACACAGACUUCUCUGGGAGCAGCACGGACAGAAUGUGAACUGAGGAGUUAACGUCAACUCUUCGAGCACAUUCACCCCUGACCCAGCCACCGGGGCCUUCCUGACUUUGCCUCGGAAGCACCCCUCGCAGGCCAGAACGGCUGCUCCAGGGUGAGGGGCUGCCGGGGGCUCAGCUUCCCGGCUUGGUGUCUGAGCUGUUGCUCCCUUGAGGGACUCAUCCCAGGAAGCCUGGGAGGCUGAGCACAGCGCUCCUGCCGUUGUCUUCCUCAGGAAACGCCGGCGAAGGCUGCCACUUCCUGAAAGUGUCCCCUCUCCGGGCUGUGCCCGGCGGUCAGGACCUUUCCAGGCUUCCCUGGAGAGGCAGCCCAGGUUGCUUGGGACUUGCUGAGGACAAACGGGAUACACUGAGUUCACAACUUUGCUUAGAACUUGGUAAAAUGUGACAGUAAUGCUUGGGUGCUUUUGGUGUGUGAGUACAAACUUUUAAACAGCAACCACAUACGUGUAAAAUGAUUCCUGUAUUUUUAAUGAAAGUAAAAUACUUGAUUUUCUAUAGCAUACUUUCACUGAGAAACUCAUGGUCCUCUGUCCCUUUGUCUGUCCUGUCAUUUGACUCUAGUGACACAGAUUCAUAGAUCCAGAAGUUCUUGGAGGGUCCACACUGACCUCUUCAUCCGAUCCUGAUUAGGCUGUGCUGCCUACAGCAGGUUCCAGCCAGCACAUCCCGCAGACCACGGCCCAGUCAGCCGGGUUCCCAGUCAUGGGGGCUCCCGGUCGUCCGCUAGCCUCAGGACCUUGCGCAAAUCGCGCCACUUCUGCAGGUUUUAUUUACAUCAGCAAUACUUUUCCAGCCACAUGGUGCCUUCAGAAGAAUUCCCUCAGGCUUCAACCAGAACAACUAUUUUUGUUUUAGUAUGCUGAACUACUAGAUGAUACUUUGCCUAAACAAGUUCGAAAACCAUUAAAUAAUUCUAAAGCACAAGUUCUUAGGAUUUUGAUUGCAAAUGUUUUAAUAUAAAUACACAUCUUCCUCAGACAGCAAUCAAGGGGUUCUUAACAAUUACGGAGAACACAGAGCUUCGCCACGAAGACGCAGCAUCUACUGCAAAGCUGAUCUGCCUGGUUACAGUCAGGUGAGAGGACAGCAGAAGUCAGUACAAACAGCUGUUGACGGAAGUUACAGACAUGCAAAAUGCCCUCCAGUGCAGUGAGUUUUUAAAACAGCUUCUGCUAAUCAGAAACUUCAGGUCAAAGCUGACCAGUCUCCUUUCCUCCAGGAACACUGGGGAUGGCAGAACAGAAAGCGCGACUAUGCCUUAAAUUCUUUCAAUGCAAGUGUCACUUCUAACACUUACUUUACCUGGUUUAUGUGGAAUGUUCUGGAGGAAACCGAUGUGUUUUUACAACAGCCAACCAUAAUGGCUAGACUUUCUUCAGUUCCUCUUUGUGCGUUUCCUACCAGGGAUCCCUGGUAAAGGACCAGCAGGUCAUUUCCCGGCCAAAAUUCCUGCUGUUUUUAGUGUCCUACUGCAGACAGGUAAAAAGCCAACCCAACAACCCAACAACAGCACAAAAAACGUGUGUUUGAGGUUCAAAAGCGUACAGCCUCCCCACUCUCUCAGAGAAGUACACAGGAAAUGGACUCAGCCGGCACAAGGGAAUGGAGACUGACUUUCAGUCUGUGCCCCCGUUAGACAGCAGGCGGGCAGGGCCUGCUCCAGGCUGGCCUGCGUUCACUUUGCAGUGUGCCACAGGCUACAGUUUGGGCACGUCUAUGCGUGCCAGUUUGGCCAGUGUGGCGUGCAUUCUUUCCUGACUCUUGCAGCCACCUGAGUUUGGAACUAACAGUGUUUUCUAAACAAGGUCUCCUCUUUCUUUAGACUUGAAAACAGUCCCGAUUUACCUAGCAGCGAAGUGAUCGUGGUGUUCCAAGGUUCUGCUUGGAUUCUCUCAAGUCACCUUUGCCUCUUCAGGGCCCACACUGGUAAGCGCUAUAGUAGUAAGCACUGUGGUGACAGACAUGGUUAGGCUGAAAGAUGUCAGGUGCAAAACUGCUCUCCAGCCCGCUGUGACCAGAGACUUCUCAAUGACCAAGUAUACUUGAUUUUCAAAAAGUCAGUGCCCUCCCCGCCACUAUUUAAGUAGUCCUUUGGGUACAGAAUAUUAGGUUCUGCCUGAGUCACUUUAAAGCGUUCUACAGAGCAACGCAGUCUUGCUUUUUUUCACUACUAAUAGGGAAAAAGAACAAAUCCCAACUGUAAGAGUGCUCGGUCCCUGUAGGAACAGCGCACUGGAACUGAGUCUCUGGCAUGUGAAGAACAGAAUGGGUCUGGGCGGAGCCCUGUGCUGUCGUUAAUGCACACACAAGAGUGAACCUGUUGUCAGAUGUCGGGAAGCCGUGUCAUGCAAGUACUACACUAAGAUAAUACAGCAAAUUCAGGAAUGUCACUGUGGAAAGGGCGACAGCCUCACUGAGAAUUUAAUUGUUUAACUUUAAAAAAACGUUUACAUCAGUACAAGAAGGUAAAACUGUAAGAAUCAUAGAUUAGGCUCAAACUGGCAAGAAGCCUUCUAAAUCUCUCGGAUUAGUGGACCUUUUUCUUUUUUUGUCCAUACCGCCGCCUGCGCUGUUUAUAAAGAUGACGAAAAUUUAUGUAUAACCCU